AUGUAUACGGGAGUGUUCUGCGCAGCCGCUGCCCCAUUGUACACACCGGCUUUCGAGCUUCCACUGAAGCACGGCGGGGGUGGAGCCUACAUCCGGCCCAGCCUGACUGCGUCCCGCCGCAGUCGGAUUAACUUGCCUGGGCUUGCAACAGCCGGCUGGGCUGGUGUUCGGACGCGUACUGCACUUCAGGGCCGAAAACAUGGACGGCAUAGACAAUCAGGAGGGCCUCACACCACUGAGCUAUUGGUGGAUGCAGACGCCUCAAGGCGGGAUGAUAUUGAAUCAGCAGUUGAACAGCUUAGCUGUGAUUCGCACGAGGUGCGGACUGUGAUCUACGCAGAGCCUGGGAGACGGUUGAACACAGAAUGGAAUGAACUUGCGGGCAGACCUGGAUACGCCUUCAGACCAGUGAGCCGUGAUGUUGUACUUGGAGAACCAAACGACAGGGCCAUUCAGAAGCACCUCCGUUCUCUCGUCUCAGAGCCCUCUAUCGGUCGUGUUGCGCUGAUGACAGCGGAUACUGAUUUUGUUGAGGACAUGAGAUCCAUUGCCCUGGCUGGAAAGGAGAGUUUGGUUUUCGUCUCCUCAACGUAUGCGGGAGCAAUCGAGGAAUACAGGAUGGCUGGCAUCAAAGUGGUGCAAUUGGAGCUGCGCAAGCAGCUCAUGUACAAGGUAAGAGCAGUCCUUAACACCGAUGGCUCAGGAUUUGUAGAGAAGUGUGCGCCUAUAUCACAUGCAACAGCCAGCAAAGAGGUUGAGAUGUUGAAGGAGUUUCUGUGCAGAUGGGGGUAUACACCUCACGAGAACGUUUUUCUACCUACAGCCAUUGCGAAAUUCUUUUUUACAAACUCCCUUGGCCCCCUCACCGUUUACCCCUCAACAUCAUGCUUCAUGGAGGCGCAUCGCAUAGCUGCGGCAAGCUUGCCUUCCCACGCGUGGCAGAGCUAUCAUGAGGAGAUUGCUUUCUUUCUGCCUCAUGGAAGUGCGACGAGGUCAAGAAUCAGCAAGACCCAGCGUAAAACAUAUGGAACCCCAGCGUGCUUGAGUUUUUUUCGAGGCGUGGGCCCUUUCAUGUUGACACAGAAGAGCGACCUGGUGAAAGAGGCGCUGCAGAGACUUGGCUUUCUGGACGACCACUACAAUGCAGACCUGUUUGAAGCGAUGCUUGUAUUUGCUAAUACGGGGUUUAACAAGAAGCUCCUCCGAAAGACGGCGGCGCUGCCUGAGCCAGGUGACUCUUCAAAACAGCUUGCUGACAAGUUCAUGCGGGCCUUCCUUUCAAGCGCCACCAGCGGGCAGUGGCAGAUGGCUCAAGGGGAUGCACAAGUUCGGAGGCUUUUGCUCAAAGAAAACCUUAUCACAGCUCAGAGUGCUCCGCGGGCAGAAAUGCUUGAAGCAAUGCAGCGGCUCUCCAAGAAGGUCGGGUUGCCAAAGAGGAAAACUUACAAUGGCGUUGUGUGGCAGAUUUUGCUACACAUCAAUCAGAAGGACCCCUUGCGCAGAAUGCCUUUAUUAUUGUAG